CUCUGAUUCGUCAUCGCAGCGGAAGCGGGUUAUGGCGGCGUAAACAACGCAAGGGUUCUUACGAGUGGCUGCAAACAUGUUGAGUUGCGACGGAAAUUUAAAACUGAAAAAAUAGAACAAAAUAGUAAAAAAUUUCUAGUGCAGGGAGGGUUUCUCUGAGGCGUGUAACUAACAAUCCCUGGUUCGUUUGUUGUUGGAGUUCGAGAGCAGGUUUCGGCUAACUUUUAGCCUAGUUUGCUAAGUUGAGAGAAGAGAAGUUUUUAAUUUGAGAUGGACUGCGUUGUGACAGGAGGAAACGUCAAAGGUAGCAAACCGCGUCAACCUUUAUCAGCCCCAUCUCUGCCAGUAAUACUAGUUUGAAGAUGAUAAUCUGUUUAUUACAUGAACUGUUUAUGUUUGUGUUCCUACCGUCUGUCCAGUCCUGGCCAAAGCCAUCCACUCUCUGUCCAGGAUCGGUGAGGAGCUGUAUGUAGAGCCUCAGGAGGAUGGGGUGAGCUGCUCUGUCAAACACCAACACUUCCUCCUGCCAAGCGCGUAGGCUUGUUGCUUCCUGUUGGUGCACCCUGUGUGCGUCUGUUAUAAUCACUCAUUGCGGUUUUUUUUGUCUCUUGUAGCUGGCCCUGCGGUCUGUGAACUCCUCUCGGUCGGCAUAUGCUUGUUUCCUGUUUGCUCCUCUCUUCUUCAGCAGGUGCAGACUCAGUGUUUAAAUGGCCCUGUAAUGUGUGUGUGUGUUUUUGCUCAUAGUAGAAAGUGUGUCAUUGUGCAUCACAUUUUUUGUUGUUGUUGUUGUCUAUGGUAUCUAUUAGUUUUAAUUUAAUCUGGUCUUCGAUUUCUUGUGCAGGUUUACCACCCCAAGUGGACAAACCUUCCGCUGCAAGAUGGCAAUAAAGGUGUGCUGAGAAGAACUGUUCAUGAAUCUUUCCAUGGUUUCUACAAUUCAUUACUGUUAUUCUGUGUAUUUACAUGGUAAUUAAUGAUUAAAGGGAGAUGCUGGUGUAAAAUUGAUUUAGGGUCAAACACACUGUAACACUGAGUCAGACACCCCCUUCAGAGAUGAAUGUUGCUGACCGCUUGCUUUGCUAGUUUUACCAACUUUAGUAAUGACCGUGCAAUAGCAAUACAGAGAGCCACUUGCUCAACCAAAAAAAACAAUCUAUAGCCACAACUUGUGCUCAGAACAGCACCUAACUUCAUCAACAAUACUUAUAGGGUCCUAGCCAUAGCACUAGCCACCAAACAUCUUUUUAACUUUGUCUGAUUUCUUAAGCAAAGAGACCAAACACAACUCACCUACUCUCUUCCAGCAGCCGCUUGUUUGUAGCGAGACCUCUGGGCGAGUCCAUCAGCUGCAGCGGGGGGAAGCAGCUCGAGGAAGAACAUUUAUGAUAAUUUCUUUAUGGAAAUGCAAUCAGACUGAGACGCUAAAGAAGAAGAGGUCUGCAGUGCAAAAUGAUUAUUAUGAUGAGUAUUACUGAAAGGAAAUGAAAAAGUAAUGAUCAUAAAUAUUCUGUCUUGAGCUGCGUCACCCCGCUGCUGUCGAUGGACUCACCCGGAGGUCUCUUUGUAUGAUAUUUUUUGCAUAAUUGUAAUUUCAGAGGAUUGAGCAAUUCACACGCAAGUAGAAGUUAAAUUCAGUGUGUGUGUGUGUGUGUGUGUGUGUGUGUGUGUGUGUGUGUGUGUGUGUGUGUGUGUGUGUGUGUGUGUGUGUGUGUGUGUAUUUAUGUGUAUAUUUGAGUCUAUUAUAAUUUGUUUAUUUAUUUUCCUCCUUCCUCUUUGUACAAACCAGAGUGUACAGGCCGUAUUCAGGUCCCUGGCAUCUCUAGAGAAGACGGUGGAAAAGUGUCACAUCCAGCUCGAUGAACAGAAAAACCGUCUCACCUUCACCCUCCACUGCAAACACGGUAUUUCCUUCAGAGAUAGUUUGCAGUGUUUUACGUUGAUGAUUACAAAAGGAUUACAUAUUUCUGCAAUGACACACAUUUUUUUAUGUUGCACAUCAUGCAACCAUCACAUUGUAUUCUGCAUGCUUUUGUGUUGGUAUUUUCUCUGCAGGCCUCCUGAAGACACAUAACCUGUCUUUCCAGGACAGUGAAAGCUUACAAGCAGUGUUUGAUAAGGACAGCUGUGCCAAUGAAUUCAGGUCCCAACCCAGGUCUGUAAACCUCUCUAAAAUCUCUCUUUAUUGAAUGAUAACAAACUUUCUUUUAAUUAUAGGCCUUAGACUUUCCAGAAAAGUUUUUACCUGGUUUUGCUAUUGCCCUGUUAUGCUUUAAAAACAUAUGUGCAGCUGAUGCAGGUAUUCAGGAUAAAUUAGAGUUAAUUUAGCAAAUUUAAUGAUUUUAAAUGAAGGGCAAACUGAGGAAGUUAUCAAAAGCAUCAAGCUGCUGUGUUAUCGUUUUUGUGUGUGCAAAAAAAGGUGUUGAAUUAAGGCAUGUAUGGAUUCACAGCUUUGCGCGAACAAUGUUAUUUCAAUACAUAGCACCACAAAACUCUUCAGUUUUUGCUCGGCUAGGUUCUGUCCUUUGUCAUGACAGCUCACUAUGUGAUCUUCCUCACCCUCAGGCUGCUGGUGGACACUGUCAUUCACUUCCCUCAGUCUGUAGAUGAAGUGACCGUGUCAGUGAAUGAUGAGCGAAUGUGGUUCAGGAACCAUGUGGAGGAUGAAGCAGGUAACUGAGCAAUCUAGUUUUCCCAUUUUAAUCCACCUUUAUCAAUGACUAAAAAUUUCAGUCAUCACAUGAAGACUCAAGUAAUUCAGUGCAACAAUGCUCACUUAAAAAUCAGGGUCACUUGGGGUAUUGCACAGAAAUUCAUAACAUUAUAUUGACAUGACAACAGUAAACCCUCCAAAAUAGCAAGAACACUUUUAAAUUUGUUUAGACAGACUUAUUCAUUAAGUCAAUGUGUGUUUUUUGAAGAUUUUUAAUAAAAAUAAUAUAGAUGAGAGUUGCUAUUGUGUUUCUUUUAGUGAUUUAAAGUAUCAAAUAAAAGGGGAAGUGCAAUGAAAACAGCUCAGUAGUGUCUCUCUGUGGCGGAUUGUUAGAACAGCAGAAUGUUUGGAGUUGUAUUUGCUCCUGUUGGCAGAUAGAAGUACGUUUUUUAAUUGAUACAGUUUGGUAGACCCUGAUCUCGCUUAGGUUUCCACAUGUGUGUCAUGCAGGAACCAUGUUUGCUUUGUGACAGUCUUUAAGAAGCUUGAUUUUUUUUUUUUCUAAAAGUACAAGAUAACACUUCUCUUUUGGCCUCUAUUCACUCUGACUCCUCUUUCUCUUUCCCCCUCAGAGCAGGCCAGGGCCAUGCUGACAGAGCUGUGUCUGGCAUCGGAUGAGUUUGACCAUUUUGCCGUCAAAUCUCACGGCAGCAUCACCUUUUGUCUGAAGGAGUUAAGGGUAAGUCAGACAACAAAUGUGGAGAUGACAGAGGAGAAGUAGAGCAGAAACAGACCUUUCGAGAGAAAGGAGAAGUUUUCAGGUAGUUACAACAGACAGAGGUUAAGGUUUUAAAUAGGAGAAAUAAUACUUGUAAUGAGUAACUUUUGUUGAGUAACUUUUUUGUCAUUUCUCCUGCAGGGGUUAUUAGUAUUUGCAGAGUCUACUGGUCUCCCUAUUACUAUGUACUUUGAUGAGCCAGGCAGGUAAGCAUGCUCGCAUAAGGUUCCUUGAAGAUCUAAUGGGCUACUGAAUAUCAAGACUCCAACUAAUGAAAAUUCUCAGUAUAGGUUGAAUUUCAGGCUAUUUUCAGGUCAACAGAAUAAUUAAAUCUGCAAGUGCAGCAAAACUGCAAGAAAAGCUAGAGACCAAACCUUAGUAUUCAAUCGCUUUUAUCUCAAAACAUUUUAUAAAAGAUGACAGAAGAAAACAGCAAACCCUUCAUGGGAAGGAAUUUGUUUGAUUAACUUAUAUAACAUAUUGAAUAAAUGAUUAGUGUCAUUUGAUCAACAUUGACAUCUUGUGUGUUUGUGUGGGGUGGUGAUAUGAUGUGUAUAUUUGUGUUGGUGUUUACAUGUAUGUCUGUGUGUGUGUCUCAGCCCUGUGGUGCUUUCAGUGACAGACAGCGUCCUGGAGGGGAACUUUGUGCUGGCAACACUUUCAGAAGACGCCGGCCACCGUAAAAACAACUCUAGAGGGUAACACUAAACACUCCUGCAUGUGUGAAUGAAGCAGCUGCUGCCUCAGGCUGGAUUUUUUUGUAUUAUGCGCAAUUUUUAUUUCUUAUUUUUUUUAUAUUUUUGUGCGCUUUGUUGGCCAGCUGUGAACCAGUCCCAAAAAAGCUUCUGGCAGAAUAAGGAACUACCCUUUGAUCCAAAUUGUUCAUUCAGUUUUAAUGACAACAGGCAAGAAAUACUGGACGUUGCCUCUAAAGAGAUGCCAUCUAGUGGACAAAAUGACAGUUGAGGACAACUGUUUUGAAGACUGUGGGAUCCUCUGAAUGAAAGAUCAGCCUGAGAAGCUUUUUUUCAAAGAAAUCUCCAAAUUUACAAAAGCAGCAGUCUAGUCCUCAAAAAGGGAAGGUUGUAUGCUGAGACAUGAUGUGAAUCUGUCAUGUGAGGCCCCAGUCUUCACCAGUCCUUCUUUAGUUCUCACUUGUCGUGAGCCCACCAUGGAGUAGGAUAUAGACAUGUUUAGGGAUGGAUGUGAAAUUCUGUGAAAUUCUACUGUAACAGUUAAAGAUUUCUUUAACCUGGCAUUUAAAAUCUGUUGAACUUCUUGUUUUCAGCUUUGAUCUUAUUUAUUGUACUUGCUAGAGAUAGGGGAGGAAUAUCACCUGUAGAAGGUAAACAACACUUGAAUAAGUGUCCAUCUGCCUCUUCAUCCUGCAUUGGUGUAUAGUAACACUGAAAGAUAUCUUGUUAAACUUCAUCAAAAUAAACUUUAACGAGCUUUACACCUCAAAUUGUUUUACAUCAAUAACUGUGCCUUUGUUUGGUUUGGUCAGCUGAAUGAAAUCAAAAUGUUAUUAUUAUUAUUAUUAUUAUUAUUAUUAUUAUUAUUAUUACUGUGUAUUAUUGUGCAGCUCAUUAUGUGACCAGAGAGACAUUUCCACCUCUCUUUUCCUCAUACUCAAAUUUGUCUUGACCACCUUUAAUCAUUUUUUCAGAGGGCGCUCACCACAACCACCGCCCCCUCCUGAUGACUUCAUGAAUGACGAUAUGGAUUCUUUCAUUAUCGCUAUGGAUACCAGCAUGGCACCCGGUCCCUCAACUUCACGUCCAUCCACAUCCCGCUCUGAUUAUUCUACAUGUUCAAAACAGUCGACUGCAGCCAAUCACAGGACAAGGCAUCGCAGUGAGGAGGAGGAAGAGGAGGAGGAAGAUAACACAGAUGAUUUAGACAGACCACCUAAUAAGAAGGUAUGGGUCACAAAUUCAGUGAUGAAAGGAUUUAAAGGCUCAGAGAAAAUGAGAAACUGUUAGGUAAAUAUAGAACAGAGAUGGAUUUCCAGACAUGCAAAAAAUCUGUUCCAUGUGCCAUCGUAUUUUUAUAAGAAUUAAUUACAUAUUUAUCACCAAAAAACUGAAAAGAGUGUAUCAAAUCCUCUCUACAAAACCAGAUGAGAAAGACCAGCUGAGAGGAAGACCUUGAACCCGAAUGCCUAAAUUAAAACAGUUCUACAUUAAAUUCUACUUCUUUCUUAUUUUUGUUGACAUGGUCAGACAGAUGAUAAUUAUUAUUUAGAUGAAAUGUUAAAGCUGUAGUGGUUGUUGGUGGUGUACUGAAGUGCGUUAAGGGUGUCCCUGAUAUUUUGCACUGCUUUGCUUUGUUAAUAAAGUGGAUAAAAUAAAGGAACACCUUUUAGUCUAACACAUUCUAGCAUAUCACCACCCACUACAUCUUUAAUCAUAGAAAUAUAGUAAUCACUGUCUGAUUAUGUCAACAAAAACUGAAAAUGGAGAAGCUUCUUUAGGUGCUGUUGUAGAUUAGAUUACCCAGGUGUACUUAGUGUUAUGGCUGGUAGGUGUAUUUUACUCAAAAGGGUGCGUUAUUAAACAUGAAACACACUCUUCUAAUCCUCUGUCUGUUUUGUCCCUCAGUUCUGCUCCCUGUUCUUUGGAUCUGUGCUCCCUCCAUCCUCGCAAAUGACGACUCAGCCGGUGAUCAGUCAGGAAGUGUUGGCGAGUGACAGCGAGGAUGACCCACAGGAUGAGUGAAGGCGUGCUGAUGGAUGAUGAAUCAGAUGAUAGAUGGGUGUUGUGUGUUGAAUUACUUGUACACACCUACCUUGAGCAGGAUCAGAAAAUAGAAGCACUUCCUGAAACGUUUUCCACUUUUACAGACUGGAGGAUAUUUUUUCAUUUUAUAUACAAAGACGGUCUACAGUACAGAACGGGAUUACCACUGCUCAUGUAUAAUGGCUUUUUAUUGAACUAUUAUGUUGGAGGUGGAUUAUGUCAAACUGGACAGAAAGCUCUUCUACUUCAUUGUGGUUCAGUGUGCGCAGAAGUGAUCAAGGUGAAAGGAAGCCUCUUCAAAAUAAAAGAGACUUACUUACUUACUUUUCAACGUUUGUGAAAACCAUUUAUAAGUUAUUUACAUUUCAAGAGGUUCAAAUAAAAACAUCAAUAUA